AUGAUUUGUAUAUAUUUUAGUAAAUUUUUGAAUGCUUAUAGGGCUGAAUUUAACGAUGAAAAAAAAAUUUUUAAAGAAAUUAAUUAUAUAUGGGAACAUUACACUGACGAAAAUAAAACGCUAGAAGAAUCUUUAGAAAUUUUAAAAAAUCAAGAUACAAAAAAAUAUGACGAUAUUUGUCUGAAAAUUUCCAGAAAAUUAUGUCAAGAUAUGAAAGAAAUGAAUGAAAAUGAAAAUUUUAAAGAUUUAAAACAAUUUUUUUAUGAAACGCCGGGUGCAUUAUGGAAGGCAAAUUAUUUGGUUACUGAUGCUUUAAAUAAUGUUCGAAAUAAUGAACAUCUAGGACAUAAUCUUGAAUUAGAAACUACUCUAAAAAAUAUUUUACUCGUUGAAAUAAAUGAAUCAAAAUUGGUUAAUUGGUUAAAAAAGAGUUAUUUAGAAAUAUUUACAUCAAUUAAUGAAAAUAAUUAUAAUUAUAAAAAAUCAAAAUAUACAGCAAAUGUUUUAGUUUCUGUUUUAAUUUUUGAUAAUCAUUUUAAUGAAAAUUUAUGGUUAGGAUCUAGAAAAAGAAUUCUUUUCUUUUUGGAAGAAAUUGAAGAAAUAAAUAAUAAAAAUUUGGAAAAAUAUGGAAAUUUAUAUUUAAAUAUAAUUAAUAAAUUUAGUAAAUUUAUUAAUAAAAAUUAUACAAAAGAGGAAAUGAAAAGAAAUUUAGAAGAUAAAAGUUUGGAAGAAUUGGCAAAAGAAAUUAUAAAUGAAGAAAAUUUAAAUAAAUUUUUUAAAAAAGAACAUUCAAAAAUGAUUAAAAAAUUAAUGGAAGAAGAUGAAAUAUUUAAAGAGAAUAUUGAAGGUUUGUAG